GUCCGUGCUCACAGCAGCAGGUGUACCUCACCUUAAAGACCAAACGGACUCAGUAUCUGGUCUCUGUGGCGGAUUUAAAGCUGGAAAAUGAUCCAUAAAGGAGUCUGAAGGCGUUUCUAUCGCAGUGGAGGUGAAAAGAGUCGCCCAACAUCUUCAUGUGAACAGGAAGCAGAAAAAUCAUGAGGAGGAACAAGCAGAUCGACGUGAAGCGCGCCCUCGCUCUCUCCGGCGCUCUGAACUUCCUGGUGUUCUGCGCCCGAGCGUGCCUGCUCCCCUUUCUCACUCUUUUCUUCAGGCAGCUCGGCUUGACCCCGGCCAUGACUGGGGUCGUCAUGGGAACCAAACACCUCAUCACGCUGGUGGGGAGCCCUGUGGGGAGUCUGCUGGCCAAACACUACAACAAAAGACGAGUGGUGCUGAUCUGCUCGCUCUUGUUCUCCGCCGCUGUUCCUCUGAUUCUGCUGCUCGUCCCGUCUACAGGUGUGUACCAACAGAUGGACGUCUGUAACACGUCUGACAUCACCACGAGUACGGCCAAAAUCCUUACAAGCAGCGUUAAACCGACCACGGUGUCAGCUAGAACUCGGCCUGAAACCACCACAGCAGUUGCUCCUCGCACUAAUGUGACCCACAUGCAGCAAGUGAACGCAACGUCAGCGAAAAACACAAACAAAGCAGAAUUAAUGACAAGCAUCUCUGUCACUAAACACGCCCCCAACUCCAGCAUGGCUCCAGUCAGGAAGAAGAGGUCCGACUUAGAGCGGCGAGGAAUGAUGGCAUCAGGGAGCCGUUUUGAAUUCCUGGGCAGCCUGAAGGUGAUGGACCCUCAGCACCAGCUCUUCUUCCUGGUUCUCAUCACCGUGUCCGUGUGGGAGUCGGCAUCGGCCCCACUGGAGUGGACGGCAGACGACGGUUUGUACGAGUACCUCGACUUUGCAGACGCGUCAGACCGCUACAGCACCACAGGGAUGUGGAGUUUACUUGGAGCGGCGUGGGGCGUCGGAGGAGCCGGGCUACUGGUCAGUCAAACACACUGCCUCAUCACAGAUCAAACCACGAGGAGUGCGUUGUAUUUCUACUGCCACGCCGCCGUGGUCGCUCUGACUCUCCCUGUGGCGGUGUUUCUGCCUCUGCACCUGAAUAAGAAGCGGGACAAAGCCAACGGGCUCCUCAAAGCGGCGCAGCUGGUCCGAGGCUCCCCGCGCGCUCUGCUCUGUGCCGCCACUGCUUUCCUGGUGGGGGCAGCGAGCUCUGCGGUGGACAACUUCCUCUUGUGGCAGAUGCAGGAUCACGGGAGCGACGAGCUGUACAUGGGAGCGGCCCUCGCCAUCGCUCUGCUCUCUCAGGCCGCCUUCCCUCUGCUGGCAGGUAAAGUGUCCAGACUCCUCGCCCCAGGACGAGUCCUCGCCGUGGGGGCCGCCGUCCUCAGCCUGCAGUGUUUGUAUUACUCCUUCCUGUGGGCACCAUGGGCCGCGCUGCCUGCCCAGCUCUUCAGCUGCCUCGGCGCAGGAGCCGUGUGGUGGGCGGUGCGGCUGCAGUGCGAGGACGUGUCCACGCCGGGGAUCGAGAGGAGCGUGAGGAGGAUCUACGGCGCCUUCUGUCUGCACCUCGGCAGCGGAUUGGGGAGUUUGGCGAGCGGGUUCGUGGUGCAGAGGUUCGGGCUGGCGUGGCUGUUCAGAGGCGUGGCGGUGUGUCUGAUGGGGUGGUGCGUGUGCCUGCCUCUGCUGCAGUGGAAAGCUCCUCGACAGCGGAGGAUCAACUACUCGCGGCUUUUGGCGGCCGACGCCAGCGAGGGAAGUGACUCAGAGUCUGAGCAGGAGAGGGACUGGCUGGAUAAAGCCAUGGAGAACGAGAGGAGCAACAAUAACUACGGACGGAGAGUCAACCAGUGAAACUCUGGCAUUGUAGAGACAUGGACCCAGUGCUGUUAGAAGUUUGACCCCUGACCUUGACAUCUUCCCCUGUGAAAUGGGACGACCCUUCUAGUUCCUGAUAUGACAUCAGGAUAGCAAAUGCUUGUUUGAUAUAAAAAAGACCAUAAUUUAUUAAACUAUGUUAGAUAUUAGAUGGUUGUUGUCAUUUAAAGUCUUGCCAAAAAUUUGCUGGACCUUGUGGGAGAUUUCCCAUAACUCCUAGUCUUGGUGUGUGCCCCUACUCCUACACUCCACCAAGAAUCAGGACACCCUUGUCCUGACAGGUGAAUGGGGUAGGUCUAAGUAUUUUAAUGGGACUGAGCCUUUAUGAAAGGACGUGCUCCUACAAACCAAAAUUAUUUUGAGCCUGACGUCUGCAUUAUUAGUCAGAUAUUGCUGACUGAUGUCUGUUUGUCUAUUUCCAGAGUUUAUUUUUCCAAAUAUGUGCCUUAUUAUUUAAAGGGGGAAUAUUUUAACCCCUUUAAGACAAGUUUAUUUGGUCUCAGAAGUCCCUAAAACAUCCCUGUGAAGUUUGUUGCUGGAAGCUGUCUGACUUCGCCCCUGUCAGGAAGUGGAUGUGGCUUAAAAUGUGCCUGAUCCCCCUCUCAUCCAGCUGAGAGGAGGAUCAGGGGAAAAGGGUGGGACUUCCUUCCAAGCAGGAAGGGCUGACCAAACCUGGGGGUGGGGCUAA